CCUACUUCUAUAUUUUCUUCUCGCGCGUGCCUAUACCGUUCUUCUUAGACGGUCGUCUAAUUAAGCAAGCGUCUUGCCGGGCGGGGAGGGGAGACGUUGACGUUUACCGGUCUCGGCCGACGGCAGGUACCGUUUGCGCGGAGUCGUUCCCAGUCCCGUCCGCAUGUUUUAUUACACUGGGCGCUCACCGUACAGCGACGAAUAAUUAUUAUUGUCCACUCGACGUCCAUUGUAAUCGGAGACGCGCCAAAGCGUUUUUGUACAUUGUCGUAUUAUAAUAUCGAUUUUCAUUGUAUAAACCAACUAUAGUGUUUGUGUGGUUUUUUUUAUAAACAUAAUAUAUAUAUAUAUAUAUUUUUUUUUUUUUUACUCUUAUUCAUACCCUUCGGCGACGGUCCGUCGCAACCCCACGCCCGUUGCAGCAGCCCCGCCGCAAAAGAGGUAUCCACGCGGCCGAAGAAAAAUAUCAUCGACUACAUCUUAUCGCCGGACAAGUCUCUCUUUAAACGCCGCCAAUGCACACAAUGAACUCGCUCGGCGUGACCGUGUUGUUGUGCUGUUGUCUAAUAGCUUACGGAGCUGGUAGGCCGUCGGACGCCGAGGAAUCCGAAGAUGUCGUGAGGGAAUCGAAAAGAGAAAAACACUACCAACAUGACACCACGAUGGAAGUCCCCGAGACGGAUACUUCGACCAGCAGUCAAGUGCUGGGAAAACUGAAGUCAAUUGCUCGUCUGCGGAUGGCGGACCGGAAAGAUCCGGCGACGCCGACUCUUACCCGUGAGGAAAUGGAAGCUCUCAGAGAUCUGCUGGACAAAAACUUGCAGAAGUAUCAGAACUUCAACGCGUUGUCGGCAACCAAACGUCCGGGCAACGACCCGUAUAUAGGGCAAAUAUUGGACAACCUGAACGGACACAAGGGCGGCCAAAACGGCAUCCGCGGAGAAGGAACACCAAUGAGCGUUCCUGUUCGCAGAAAAAUCAUUAGACACACGGUGUUCGGACCGCCUCCGGGUUACGGUUACCAGAUGAAUCCGGCCAUGCUGAAUCGGAUGUACGGCCAGAACGGCGAUCAGGCGUCCAGGAUCGACUGGGUGUCGCCUUGGGCCGAUUACUUUCCUAUACUUAUCAGGGACCCAUUCCAGACGAUGUUGAACUCUUUCAGCGAGAUCAUCGAAUACGGCCCUGAAGCGGACGUGUGUAGACACGUAAAUGAUCAAGCGUCCCGGAACGAACUGGAAGACACAACACCACCGGAAGAUGGGUCCAGGCGGGGCAGGGCCGCCGUCACGCCAACCGUACCCGAAGUGGCGCUAAAGCGUUCCCGCAGGCACACGGACGAGGAAAAAGGAGUUUUGAACCACGUGAAACCUUUUCGUCCGCACACCACGACGACGGAGAAAAUCACUAAACACUGGACUCCGGUCAACCCGAACGAGCACAACGGCGACAUGGGCCCUCAGAUCAAGCGGUUGGUGGUCAGGAGGGGCGGCGUGGCGAUCGCAGGGCCCGGCGGUAUCGCCACCGCCGGGUCAGGCGGCACGGCCAUAGUGGGCGCCGGCGGCUCGGCGUACACGUCCAAGGACACGGCGUCCGGUUCCACGUCGGACAACGUGCCGGCCGGGCCUCAGGGCCUUUCGAUGGCCGGUUAUGGGCCGCACGUGGUCGCACCGCCUUACUACGGGUAUUCGCAUCAGAACGGUUUCGGCCGGAGCCUGACGGACAACGACGACAGCAGCCCGUCGAAAAGCAGUGGAGCCACGGCCAUACUGUCGUCGGACGGAGUGGCGUACUCGUUCCCGGUGGCGUCCCGGGGACUGACGGCCGUCACCGGCGAGCAACGUCCCUAUUCGGCGUCCACGGCCAGGGAGAUCAGGCUGCCCGACGGCGCCAAGCUCAUAGCCACGGGACCCAUAGUGUACUACAAUCCAGAAAAACCGUCGAAAAAGAAGUCGAGGAAAGCGAAAAUAUCGAAAAAGUUUAACAGUCAAAGACGAAUGCAAAACGCACAACAAUCGGUUUAACGACAUAUGUAACAUAUUUUGUUUGUUCCUCGAUACAAGACUGUAUUCACUAUAAUAAUAUUUCCAUUGCUGCUCAUUUGAUUAUGGUUAAUUAACACUACUAAUUACUAAUUGAUAUAUAUAUAUAUAUAUAUAUAUAUAUAUAUGUCCGUUAGUUCGAUCAACCCCAUGUAGACUUUCACACAUUUUCAUUUUUUCAUCAUAAUCAUAUUUUCUUAUUUAUUCAUCCUUAUUGAAACACAUAAAUAUACAUAUUUUUUUUUUACGUUAGUAGCUUAACAUAGAUUAGUCGUUAACUCUUUAAUAAUUGUAUAUAGUUUUAAGGUGAAGGCCAUUAUUUAUUAUAUAUAUAUUAACAUAUUAUUAUUACAACCAAAACAAGCACGUGCCUAACGUUUUAAUAAAAAUCGACUUAAAUGUAGGUACAUCUUCGCUCGUAAUAAAUAGUAAAGAUUGUAUUAUAUUACGAAUACGAUACAUUCAAUUCUGUUUUUUUGUCCAAAAGUUUUGUAAAUAAUACCUAAAAUUAUGUUUAAAGUUUAUAAAAUCAAUAACCACUUAAUAAACUAAUUUAUUUACAUGUGAAUUGCAUAUGGUCUUCUUGGACCAUAUACAAUAUUAGUAUUAUAAAACUAACCAAAAAUACAGCAAUAAAAUUGAAAUGUAUUAAAAAUAUUGUCAAACAAGAUUUUAAGAUAUUUUGAUGUGAAAUUUAAUGUUUUAAACAUUUUAUUUGCAAAACAUUGUAUCAACGUUUCGAAAAUAAAUAUGUCCAAUAUUUAAAUCAUACUUAAUUUCAAGUUAAAACCACAUUUUGAAAAUAUCACAAUUUGUCUUGCUGUAUAGGUAUAAGAUAUUGUAUUAGCGUCACCAUUAUUAUGUAUACUAACAAAAUAACAGUUACUAUUUUAGUGUAGUUUUACCAUGCCAAAAUAGUUUUAGCCGCUAUCGUUAUAAUAUAAGAUAGAACAUUUAUUAUUCAAUUAUGUUUAGUUGAGUUUAUUGAUUUUAGUAUUUCUACGUACCUAUUAACUAUUUUUUGUAUUAUUGAUGAAAAUAUAACUUAUAAAACAACCCAUUCGUCUAUGAGGCAAACUCUUACACAGAUUAAUUUAUACAUAAAUCGUUGGAUUUUAUAUUAUAAUUAUUUAUUUUUUAUUUAUCAAUGCAUAGCUAUAUUAUUAAUCUUAUAGAUUUUGCUUUUUUAGCUUUUUAUAAGUAGAACUAACGUUACAUCAUAAAAUAUUGAGUGUUUUGUAAUUUAUAUAGAACUUACAUCGGUGCAUACAUAACAAUAGUGAUAUAUAUGUUUAUUUAGUUAAAAAAAAAAAAUUCAUUAUUUCAAAUUAAAAUUAAUGUAAAGAAUUACUAUUUGUUUUGUACUUGUAAACUGCAUUGCCAUUGGUUUACCUAGUAACUUU